AUGCCGUGCGGCUGGAGCCCGGGGGGUCCGGCAGGGCCCACCACAGCCAUGGCCUCGCUGCCUGGGGGGGUCGCAGGGCACUGGAGCUGCUCGGUGCCGGCGGCCAGAGCUCGUCCGUGGGGGUACGGGGGGAGCACAGCCUGCUCCUCCCGGCUGGCAGCUGACGAGGGUACCCUGGAGAUGGCCCUGGGUGUGAAGUCAUCGUUGUGCAGCAGUGACAUCACUCACGGUUGCCACGGCAACAUCUCACAUGGGGAAGGUGUCAUUGGAGAAAGGCGAGCACCGGGGCGUGGGGCAGGUGGGGAGCGAGGGGCCGGGGUUCCCUCUGCACCAUCCUGCCGGGACGGGGCUGCUGUGACCUUGCAGGCGCUCGGAAAGGUCGUCGGUGGCCCAGAAGAUGGUGACAAGGAGAAAGGAGAGAGGGACGGGUUUUACUGGGACUUCACGAUGCUGCUCUUCAUGGUGGGCAACCUGAUCAUCAUUCCCGUGGGCAUCACCUUCUUCAAGGAGGAGACCACGGCGCCCUGGAUCGUGUUCAACGUGGUCUCCGACACCUUCUUCCUGAUGGACCUGGUGCUGAACUUCCGGACGGGGAUUGUGAUUGAGGACAACACGGAAAUCAUCCUGGACCCCGAGAGGAUCAAGAAGAAGUACCUCAAGACCUGGUUUGUGGUGGACUUUGUCUCCUCCAUCCCCGUGGACUACGUCUUCCUCAUUGUGGAGAAGGGCAUAGACUCGGAGGUGUACAAGACAGCCCGUGCCCUCCGCAUCGUCCGCUUCACCAAGAUCCUCAGCCUCCUGCGGCUCCUCCGCCUAUCCCGGCUCAUCCGCUACAUCCACCAGUGGGAGGAGAUCUUCCACAUGACCUAUGACCUGGCCAGCGCGGUGAUGAGGAUCAUCAACCUCAUCGGCAUGAUGCUGCUGCUCUGCCACUGGGACGGCUGCCUCCAGUUCCUUGUGCCCAUGCUGCAGGAUUUCCCCCAGAACUGCUGGGUCUCCAUCAACGGGAUGGUGAACGACUCCUGGAGCGAGCUGUACUCCUUUGCCCUCUUCAAGUCAAUGAGCCACAUGCUCUGCAUCGGCUAUGGGAAGCAGGCACCCGAGAGCAUGACGGACAUCUGGCUGACGAUGCUGAGCAUGAUUGUGGGGGCCACCUGCUACGCCAUGUUCAUCGGCCAUGCCACCGCCCUCAUCCAGUCUCUGGACUCCUCCCGGCGCCAGUACCAGGAGAAGUACAAGCAGGUGGAGCAGUACAUGUCCUUCCACAAGCUGCCUGCCGACUUUCGCCAGAAGAUCCAUGACUACUACGAGCACCGCUACCAGGGCAAGAUGUUCGACGAGGACAGCAUCCUGGGGGAGCUCAACGAGCCCCUGCGCGAGGAAAUCGUGAACUUCAACUGCCGCAAGCUGGUGGCCUCGAUGCCGCUCUUUGCCAAUGCGGAUCCCAACUUCGUCACAGCGAUGCUCACCAAGCUGAAGUUUGAGGUGUUUCAGCCAGGCGACUACAUCAUCCGCGAGGGCACCAUCGGCAAGAAGAUGUACUUCAUCCAGCACGGGGUGGUCAGCAUUCUCACCAAGGGCAACAAGGAGAUGAAACUCUCUGAUGGGUCCUAUUUUGGAGAAAUCUGCCUGCUGACCCGUGGCCGGCGCACGGCCAGUGUCCGGGCAGACACCUACUGCCGCCUCUACUCGCUCUCGGUGGACAACUUCAACGAGGUGCUGGAGGAGUACCCCAUGAUGAGACGGGCCUUUGAGACCGUGGCCAUUGACCGCCUCGACCGCAUUGGGAAGAAGAAUUCGAUCCUGCUCCACAAAGUGCAGCACGACCUCAACUCAGGUGUCUUCAACAACCAGGAGAACGAGAUCAUCCAGGAGAUCGUCAAGUACGACCGGGAGAUGGUGCAGCAGGCGGAGCUGCAGCAGCACACGGCCAUGUACAGCCCUGUCCAGCCCCAGGUCACCUCCGCCAUCGCCACCCUCCAGCAAGCCGUCGCCAUGAGCUUCUGCCCACAGAUGGCCAGCCCGCUGGUGGGCUCCAUGGCCCUGGGCUCGCCCCGCAUGAUGCGCCGCUUGCAGUACGCCCAGGCCGUGCCCAGCCCCUUCGCCAUCUCCCCCGUCUUGCUGCAGCAGAGCCCCCCGCAGCAGUCGCAGCCCCCUGUGCCCCACGCCAACCCCUCGCCCUCACAGGACCAGGCGCAGCCCGCAGCCCUGCCCACCUCCACCAGCGCCUUCGCCACGGCAGCGGCCAGCCCGCCAUCCCAAAGCCCCCUGGCCAGCCGGACGUUCGCCUAUGGAGGCGCCCCGGGGCAGCUGGGCUCCCAGCUCUCCCUCAGCCAGCAGCAGGCGCCCGGCUCGCCCCAGCGCCUGGCUGCCCACAAAAGCACACAGGCGCUGCACACCAGCAGCCUCAGCCAGGAUUCGCGGCCCCUGUCGGCCUCGCAGCCCUCCCUGCCCCACGGGCUGGCGGCCGGCAGCACCCAGAGCCCCCCGGCCUCAGCCCGUGAGUCCUGCGCCUCCAUCGGUGGGGGGCCCGCGGGCCCCCUCCCCCGCCCCCCGCCCCCCCCCGCGGCCUGCGGGGGGUUGUGCGUGGGGCUCAGCCCCCUGCCGCUGCUCAGCACCCACCCCGCUGCAGUCCUGCCCCCCCGGGCGCCCGGGGCCUGGGGGGCGGGGGGGCCCCCCCCCCUGCCGCAGGACUCGGCGGCGGCCCGCAAGGAUUCGGCGGCCAGCACACCCGACACGGACCCGGCCAAGUCCAGGCUGUCUUCCAACUUGUGA